AUGCCCUCGCAAACCUUUGCUGCAAUUGCUGGUAAACUUUGGCCUGGAGCAGACUACCUGUAUGUCGACGCCUUGGGUGCGUCUGGAGGUAUUGCUACCCUAUGGAAUCCUAUGAAAAUAAAAGGCAAGCUAUUUGCUAGCUCUCAAUAUUUCCUAGCAGUUUCUCUCCAUUAUGGUGAUCUCUGCUGGCAGAUGUUCAACAUCUAUGCCCCCAACUCUAGGGCGAGAAGACGAAACCUGUGGGAGGAAAUUUCUAAGAUCACUAUGACUAAUCAGAAGGACAAGAUGAUGCUUGCUGGGGAUUUCAAUGCCCCCCUCUACUCUUCCGAGAAGUGUGGUGGCCUGGAGGAUUUCUCCGACAGCAUGAGCGACCUUGCCACCUUCAUCAAUGCUUCAAACCUAGUGGAUAUUGACCUUCAAGAGGAAAAGAAACGUCUGGCUCUGGUCAAUUGGGAUACUAUGUGUCUUCGCAAAUCUCUGGGAGGUUUGGGAAUACAAAAGAUUAAUGCGCUCAAUAAGGCACUAAUUGCCAAGGUGGGAUGGACCCUGGCUAAAGGUGAGGCGGACUGCAACAGUCAGGUUGGUGGUGGAGUCAUCAGGGAUCAACUAGGGGACAUGAUUGCUGCCUAUGCUGGCAACCUCAGUGAAAGCUCGGUCACCCAAGUUGAGGGAAUGGCCCUCCUCUGGGGGUUGAAAAUGGCUAACAACAUAGGAAUAAAGCAUCUGGAAAUUGAAGGAGAUUCUAAAGUGAUUAUCGACUCUAUCAAAGGGAAGGCUUCAGCUGGGUGGAAAGUGGAACCCAUUCUGAGGGAUAUCAGGCAGUUGCUGGUCAAACUGGAGGACUUCACCAUAGACCACAUCUUCAGAGAAGGAAAUAGAGCAGCGGACUCCAUGGCAGCUAAAGGAAGGCUGCAGAUGGGCUUACGAUACUGGAGGAACCCCAAUACGCUGCCAAUCACUGUUAAGGAAAUCCCGGAUAAGGAAAAAGCCUUAUGCCAGGAAAGGACUAACCCUCCUGCCCAAUGA